AGCACCAGGAUGACAGUCACAAGUAAGGAGUGCGAAAGUUUCAGGAUUUCAAACAGUGGUGUAAUAAGGUCUCGUAACCUUAUGCCUUAUAAGCCAGUUAAGGUCUUUCAUAUUUCCAGUGUCCAGUGCUUGUACUUAUUAUUGUAAUACUUGUAACUUGUAAUUGUAGUGUUAUGUUUUACGGCAAUUUUGUUAGCCUUGAUUCUUGAUCUUGGAUUUUUGUAUGUACUGUACUGCCCUACGGUCGACGUUGUAAAUUACAGUAAGACAUCAUAUUAUCAUAUUGUUAAAUUUUUAAUUGUCAUUGAUAUGAUUAUGAUUAAACAUUAGUAAUUUUAGGUAUACUGUAAUUUAGUAAUUUUAAUAGUUAAAUUGAUGUUAGGUGUUUUUGUAAGUUACUAACACUUAAUAACAUCAUCAUUUAUUAGCAUAUCAUCAAGCAUCACCUAUUAAGCCUAUUAUAUUAUUAUUUAAUUAUUUAGAGUCUAAGUUAGAAUUAGACUAAUCUUGUAUUAGUAAUUAGUAUAAAGUAUUAACUAUUAACCUAUCUAGCCUAGUCAAAAUUAGUAAAUAAUCUGAACAGAAAUGCUCUACGUCUAAGUCGACUAAGUCUAAGUCAUCCUUAUUUCUAUUUUCUUUUAAUAGCACUAAUGAAUGACACUUUGGUUUGAUUUACUUUUAAUAUUUCAUCAUUUAUACUAAAUUAUAGAAAUAUGGAGAACUUGGACUUGGAGUUUAUUCCUGGAAAUGAAGAGGAUGCUGACAAGUCUGGUGAAAUAAAAAUUGAUGGUGCAAAUUUAGUCAACAUUUUGGCUCUGCAAGAAGAUCCCAACUUUAAGGAGCAUGAAGUAUCCAGGGUCAGUGUCUUGGAUUUUGGAGAUGAAUGCUUCUUGCUAAAAAAUGUACAUACUGUACAAGAGUGCAACCAUUUCAUCCAAGAAGGAGAGAAAUUGGGGUUUGAGGAAAUGCUUUACUCCCGUGACGAUUACAGGAGCUCUCAGAGGUGAUGUGGCAUAUUUUAAGAUGUAUUUCUGUGAUACAGGUUUCACAUUGAAUGAUAUUUCUAAUUAUUUAAUAGAUAUAACUUAAUCAUAUUUUUCAUCUACAUUAAAUUAACUGCAGAAACGGGCGGGGGUCAUUCUUAAUUGGAAUAAGGAAAUGUCAUCAUUUUUUUUUAUUGAAACAAACAUAAUUAAAGUUGAUGAUGCAAAUGCAACUGAAACCUCACAAAUAAAGUUUUAAUCAACUGUCCCAUUUAAGUUAAUGUAUAAGAAUCUCUUUUUGUGUUAAACUAAUAUAACUUUGCAUUUUUAACUUAGGCUGUCAUUUCAAAGCUCUGAGCUUUCUAUGGUGAUAUGGAGGCGCUUACAUAAACACUUAAAACCCAUCGUGAUUGAUCAAGACCCUCAAAACUUACACAUUGAAGGAGUCCCUUUGUUGAUGCAAGGAACAUGGAUUCCCAAGGGUUUAAACAAUGUAAUUCUGAAAUAAUUAUUCUUCCGGGCACAAUUCUUUUAUGUGAGCAGUCUUUUAAACCCCUUUCUGUCCAACGAACACUUAAUUUCAUUUUUUUUUUCAAAUUCUACAUACAAACACAUAAAGUCUGUAUUAUUUAUGACCUACCCAAAACUACCCCUCAAUUGAGUAAUCAUGUCAGUGCACACCAGGGUGUCACCUGGGACUUUUUAUGUAAGAAGGGAGAACUCUGCUUUGAAAUGUUACAAAGAUAAAUAUGUUUUAAAAUUUCCUAUAUUUCCAACAUUACUUUUAAUUUGUUAAUAUUUUUUGCAUUAACAUAAAUUCUAAGUGACAAAAAUAUUUGAAUUGUCAAGUUGCACAAAAUUUAUGUGCUAUUUUAAAAAUGGCUAAAAAUUAUUUCUUUAUAAUGUCAAAUAUUGAAGACUUUGUAGUCUUUCUGGUUUAAUGGCUCAGAUGCAAUAUCCCCCCUGUACUAUUUAUAAUCUAAACCACUUCAACCUCAUACACCUACCACUUUUUGUACAUUGCUGAAAUCUGAACAAGAGAUGCCCACUAUUUUAUUCAGUCUCAUACUGCUGUAUGUUGUAACAAUUCAUUGACUAUCACUGAAAAAAAAUGCUCCUUUUAAAUUUAUUGGACACACACAAAAUGUUUAUUUCUUUACAAAAAAAAAAUCUCUCUUUUUUUAAAUGACAUCUGGAACAAAACAAAUAUCAGCUUGGAAUGUGAAUUAUGUUUAUGUUAAAAUUGCAUUGGAAGAUGAAUUGAGUUUAACCUUUUCACGACCUAUGACGUCGACGUGACGUCACGAUCACCCACUUUCAAUGACCAAGGACUCACAUUGUCGUCAUACAAAAGAGGCAAAGAACUUUUCUGAAAUACCAAGGACGUCACAUCGACAUCAUAUUUCAAUGCUAUACAUUUCUUUAUUCGUUAAUCUAUAGAGAAAUUAAAAGCGAAUUGGAUAGAGAAUUAAAAAAUACCAAAAAUUUCUACGUUUUAAGUUUUGUAUUGCCAAGUCAGCAAAAAUCGAUGCCAAAACCAGCAGCAAUGAAAGGGUUAAAUAGCAUCAGAUGGAAAAGUUUACUACUAUUUUAUGCUAAAAUGAGUAAAAUGAUAAACUUGUUUUGUUUUAAUUAAGGGUUUAAAGUAUCUUGAGAAUAAGAUAAGAUAAGAUUCAAUAUUGAUCCAAAUAAAUGGAAAUGGUUUUUUUAUUACAUUGUACAUAUUCAUUUUCAGUACAUAAAUAAAUAGGUUACCAUAUUAUUUAAACCAAGACAACACUUUGCACAAUUAAACACAAGACAUCCAAUGUAAGUCUCUAGCAUGGAAAUCAGCUGUAAAUGAACUCCUUUAGUGACAAUAAUAACUUAUUAGUGAUCAUUUAGAUUUUUAAAAAAUAUUAACUAUCUUUUGUUGCAGAUUUUUCGACUUGCACGAUACAAACCUGGUGGACACUUUGCACCACAUAAUGAUGGAUUUUUUGUGAGGUCAGCCACACAACGUUCGCUACAGACAUUCAUGGUAUAUCUGAAUGGCAGCUUUUCAGGGGGAAGCACAAAUUUUGUCGAUCCAUCUCAAAAAUUAUAUAAGGUACUGGUACUAAUCAUUGUGACUUAUCUUUAUUUUCAAUCUUUCUUCUUCCAUACCGGUACUUUUGUAAGCAAUCUUGAUAACCUAAGCUAAUACUAAAUACGGUUCUAAAUUCACUAGUUAUAAAUUAUGAAAUGAAUUUUUAGUGAUAGCGUAUAAAGCAGUAUUAAGAAGUCUGAUAAUUGGUUUUUCAUUUUAUUUUUACUUAAGCAAUUUAAAUAGUUAACAUAUUUUUAAUAAUUGUAAAGCACUUAGAGCUGUAAGAUAAGCGCUAUACAAAAAUGCCUAAAUAAUAAUAAUAAUAUAAAUUUACUUUGACAUUGCAUGCAGGGUCCUGAUGGGAAAUAUUGUGCUGAAGAAAAAAACAUUCUGUGUCGUGUACAACCAGAAUCUGGCCUGGCAAUUAUUUUUAACCAUAAUCGGCUGCAUGAAGGUGAAAAAUUGAGGUAUGUCAAGAUAAGUCAGAUAAGUAAAUGAAAAAAAGAGUGUUGUAGAAUAUUUACGUAACGUUGUAUAUUUUUUAUGGCUAUUUCUACAAAUUUCAUACAAUUCUGUAAAUUUUUUUAUGGCUAUUACUACAUACCAGUAACAUUGAUUUUGAAGUGUCGGUAUGUAUCUUUUUAUAGCUAUUACUACUAUUGGUACAUAUUUAUUUAAUUUAUGUGCUGAAAAUGUAUAUGUACAAUGCAAUCAAAGUAUUGAUUUCAAAGUAUAUAUCUUUUUCUUUUCCUUAGGAAUGGGGUGAAGUACAUUCUACGAACAGAUAUCAUGUUUGAAAAUAUUUCACCUCAAGGUGUGACAGAAAAACAGUCACAGGCAAUGCUGUUGUUACAAGAUGCUGAUAGGCUGGAGGUAAACAGAAUUACACUUGAAAGUUAUCAGAAUUUACCCUAAUGAAUUAUGACUAUUUAUUUAUUUAGGCAUUUUUAUAUAGCGCUUAUCAUAAAGCUCUAAGCGCUUUACAAUUAUUAAAACAUGUAAACUAAGUAAAUACAAAUGAGACACUAGGAUAGUAACUACUAUUCUAUAGAAACAAUGAAAAUGGCUAACAACCCGAAACAGAAAAUGAGGUAGGGCAAGGAGGGUGCAUCACAGGUCAUAGGCGGACCUAAACAGAUGAGUUUUAAGGGACUUUUUGAAAAUGGACGAGGUUUCACUAUGACGUAUAUGGAAGGGGAGCUGCUUCCAGAACGUGGGCCCAUUUCCUAUUUCCUGGGUUUUCAUUCCAUAAAGCUCAAACCUCAAAAAUUUUUCAAAAAAGAUUUUGUUUCAAUAUCAAGUUGGCCUAUUGGUAGCAGAUAAAUUGGUACCAGUACAGUAAUUCAGUUUACAUAUGAAGGGUUCAAGGGAAAAAACCAGUGAUGUCAGGUUUUGAGAGUUUUGAGAAAAAUUUAUAAUAAAGUUUGAAAAUUCCUCAUGAAAGUAUUAAAAUGUCAAAAUAUUUAUUUAUUGACAAGGCUGCUUUUUCAGUGAGGCCUAUGUGUCAUAUUAUUCUAUUGAAUGGAAUGUAGCAACACAGGAGAUAACUUGCAAAUUCUGAAAAACUGAUGUUACUGGUUUUUCCCCUUGAACCCUUCAAAUGUGUUAGGUGCAUUAGGCUGGGGUUUAAAUUCGACAGAUGUGGUUAGUACCUUUGUGGGAAUUUUUUAAUUCAACAAAAUUCUGUGAAAGUGAUUGCAAUAUUUUAUGUCUCCAGGCAGCUGGUAAGUGUAUGGAGGCAAUGCAGUUAUUUAGGAAAGCUUACAAAAUGUGCCCAGAACUGGAACAGCAGUAAUUGGCUGCCUGACCAUUUAGUAACUGCCUCAUCCUUUGAAACUUAAUGGAUGAAAAUAUGACUGCGAUUCACUGUAAAUUAACUUCUCCUCACUCCUGUAUUUUAUUAUUUGUAAAUUGAACUUCACCUCACUCCUUAAUUUUCUCAUUGUAAUAUUUGUAAAUUAAACUUCACCUCACUCCUGUAUUUUAUUAUUUGUAAAUUGAACUUCACCUCACUCCUUAAUUUUCUCAUU